CACCAAUCUAUCAACUACAUCAAAAUGGGUCAAGGUCCAUCUGGAAUGCCAGGAGGCGACUUGAACAAGAAGAAAGAUGACAAAAAGAAGGAGAAGCCAAAGUACGAACCUCCAGUGGAAUCCAAAUUCGGUAAGAAGAGAAGAAAGGGGCCAGAUACAGCAGUCAAAUUGCCCAGCGUAUAUCCUAACACCAGAUGCAAGUUGAAAUUGUUAAAGUUGGAAAGAAUUAAAGAUCACUUGUUAUUGGAAGAGGAAUUUGUGACCAACCAAGAAAACUUCCAACCCACAGAAGCUAAACAGGUUGAAGAACGAGAGAAGGUGGAUGAAUUAAGAGGUUACCCAAUGUCAAUUGGUACCUUGGAAGAGAUUAUCGAUGACGAUCAUGCCAUUGUUUCCAGUACUGCAGGAUCUGAAUACUACGUAAGUAUCAUGUCAUUUGUUGAUAAAGGAUUAUUGGAGCCAGGUUGUUCUGUUCUUUUACAUCACAAGACCGUAUCCGUUGUGGGUGUUUUACAAGAUGAUGCAGACCCCAUGGUUUCCGUUAUGAAGCUUGACAAAUCGCCUACCGAAUCAUAUGCCGACAUUGGUGGUUUAGAAGCACAAAUUCAAGAAAUCAAGGAAGCUGUUGAACUUCCUUUGACUCAUCCUGAAUUGUAUGAAGAGAUGGGUAUUAAGCCUCCAAAGGGUGUCAUAUUGUACGGUGCCCCAGGUACUGGUAAGACAUUAUUGGCCAAGGCUGUUGCCAAUCAAACCAGUGCUACUUUCUUAAGAAUUGUGGGUUCGGAAUUGAUUCAAAAGUAUUUGGGUGAUGGACCUAGAUUGUGUAGACAAAUUUUCCAGAUAGCAGCCGAGCAUGCACCAUCUAUUGUUUUCAUCGAUGAAAUUGAUGCUAUUGGUACCAAGAGAUACGAAUCAUCAUCGGGUGGUGAAAGAGAAAUUCAAAGAACCAUGUUGGAACUUUUGAACCAGUUGGAUGGGUUCGAUGAUAGAGGAGACAUCAAGGUUAUUAUGGCCACAAACAAGAUCGAGUCUUUAGAUCCUGCUUUGAUUAGACCGGGCAGAAUAGAUCGUAAGAUCUUGUUCGAGAAUCCAGACUCGAACACCAAGAAGAAGAUCUUGACCAUCCACACAUCCAAGAUGAGUUUGGCUGAUGAUGUCAACUUGGAAGAAUUAGUUACUUCCAAGGAUGACUUAUCUGGAGCAGACAUCAAGGCUUUAUGUACUGAAGCCGGUUUAUUGGCAUUAAGAGAAAGAAGAAUGCAGGUCAAAGCCGAUGACUUUAAACAAGCUAAGGAGAGAGUGCUCAAGAACAAGGUUGAAGAAAAUCUUGAGGGCUUAUACUUGUGAUACUUGGGUAUAUAGAGUAUAAAGCAAAAGUAUAAUCUUCUAAUAUAAUGAAC